CUGUUCCAGCUGUGAACUGCUCAGUCAAAACACCCAGCCGACUCAUCCUCCCCUCCAAACCUCCUCCAGCUGUUUGCGUCGUUCUCACAGCGUUCCCUCACUGAGUCUAACAACCUCUGCAAAGAACAAGACCUUCACCCGAUCAAAGAGCUUACCUGACCUGCUGUUCAAACCCAGCUGUGAGGAGUUCACCCCUGAUAUCACUGUUGAUGAAAACGAUGAAACCUACAGGUUCCAGUGCUCCUGCCCAGGCCUGUACCAGUGCAGUGUGACAGGCCUGCUGUUCCACAUGGAGGGAGAAGGGGACGUGGUUUACAGGAUCGUCCCCUGGAACAGGAGGCUACUGGCCCGACACCACAAGCAGCCUGCAGGACCCCUGUUUGACAUCAAAUGUCUGCAGCAGUCUGUGUCGCUUCAUCUCCCACACUGUGAGAUCCGCUCCACAGGUGGAGGUGAGUUCUUGUCAGUCGCUCAUGUGAGCGAGGGCAUCGAGUUUAUCGGCCCUCAGAAGAUCACAGAAACUCACGUUGUUAUAAACAUCACAGGGUUUUCUGGUUUCGGUAAUGUCAAGGAUGAAGACUCGCCGGCUGACCCGGUCCGAGCGCUGGUUCUGCUGUUCUACAGGCCCCCGGCUGAUCCCGACGCUGAAUCCCUCCUCAACGUGUUGCUGCUACCGAGGAACGUGGUGCUCCGGGAUGUGCUGCGCACCAGGAAGAAAUUAGUUGGAGAUGAGAGCUACAUAGAGACGUCCCCACACUGUAAACUGCAGCCAAAGCAGGAAUACACACUGUCCACUUGUCCUGCAGAGGACUCAGUUCUAGUUCAACCAACAGAAGCAGAGUUUGACUGCGACAACUACGACAACUACUUCCCAUCAUUCCAGGUGAUUUUAGAGACAAUGAGGAAACACGUGAAGCUGUUUCUGAGAGACACCAACAGCUCCCACAGUGUCUGGGAAAGACGAGUUUGUCUCACUGGAGUAAAAAGGUCCUGUGGGCCGAGCGCUCUGAAUCUCUCUUCAGAUAAGAGGCUGUUGGACAUACGGAGCAGCUUCAUCGAGGGGAUAUCAGGACCGGUUCUCACAAGUCUGCUGGACAAACUGUUUGAGAAAACGGUGAUAGCUGAAGCUGAGAGGGAGUCAGCGGACGAGAUGCAGAACAGAAGAGACAAAGCUCGUUUUGUUAUCGACUCAGUGAGGAAGAAAGGUGACGCUGCUAGUUCAGAGAUGAUUGAGUUCCUCUGUGAGGCCGACCCCUUCCUCUGUGAACAUCUCGGGCUGAUCUGAAGACAAAUCAACAGGUGAUGCAGAACAUGUUGACCUGGUG